GAUUUUAUUUUAAUUUUUUUGACAACAUGGCAAAUUUAAGACAAACUCCUUUAACUUGUAGUGGACACACAAGACCUGUGGUUCAUCUAGAUUUUAGUGAAGUUACAGACAGCGGAUAUUAUUUAAUUUCGGCGUGUAAAGAUGGCAAACCAAUGUUACGUCAAGGCGAUACCGGUGACUGGAUUGGUACAUUUGAGGGUCAUAAAGGAGCUGUUUGGGGAGUAGCCUUAAACAGUGAAGCUACAAGGGCUGCUAGCGGUGCUGCAGAUUUCACAGGAAAAGUUUGGGACGCAAUUUCUGGAGAGGAACUACACUCUUUCCAACACAAUCAUAUUGUGAAAAGUGUAGAUUUUUCUAGGGAUUCUAGCUGUAUGGUUACAGGAAGCAAUGAAAAACUGGUGCGAAUUUUUGAUCUCAAUAAACCAGAAGCUAGUCCAGAAGUUUUCAGUGGACACACAGCGGGUAUAAGGCAUGUGCAGUUUUUUAGAAAUGAUACUCAUCUUAUUUCUUGUGCUGAUGAUAAAACGUUGAGAGUGUGGAAUCGAGGAACGGGAACGGAAGUCCAAAAAGUUGAUUUUAGUUCCACUCCUAAUAGUCUUGAAGUGUCGAAAGAUGGAAGUGUUUUAACUGUAACUUAUUCAAACCGUGUGAUUUUCCUAGACGCUGAAACUUUAACAAAAAUUAGAGAAUUUUCAAUACCAUCCACUGUAAAUUCUGCUUCCCUUCAUCCCGACAAAAGCAUUUUUGUUGCCGGAGGGGAUGAUUUGAAAGUUUACAAAUUUGAUUACACUACUGGAACUGAAAUAGAAUCUUUCAAAGGUCAUUUUGGACCCGUUCACUGUGUUAAAUUCUCUCCCGAUGGUGAGUUAUAUGCAUCUGGGUCCGAAGAUGGUACAUUGAGGUUGUGGCAGACUACUAUUGGCAAAACUUACGGCUUAUGGAAAUGCGUUGAUGGUCAAAUGAACAACGAUCCUCUUUCUCCGCCAAAAGAGGUGCAAGCAAACUAAAGAAACAGGCGACUAUUUAUUAAUUUUUAUUUUUGGUUAAAAUAAGGAAAUUUAAAAUAUUUUAUACUUGGAUACUACAUCUUUUUACAAAUUUAAAGAUUUUGGUAAUUAUGAAGUAAGCAAAAAAUUCAACCAUCGGUAUUUUGCUGUACAUUUUGAAAUAAAGAACAAAACUUGCAACAAGUUAAGACAUGUAAAAGAGAAGUGAAAUUUUUUUGUAAAUAUCUCUUGACUUGCGUAUGUUAUUAAAAUACUUAUUUAG